CAACUGCCUCCCACGUGGGAGGGGGAAUUAGCUACCCGGGGGGUGAGUUUGGAAGGGCUGUUUCAACGGGGGAGCUGGAGAAGGCGGGGAUUGAACAGUGCAACUGAGCCAGGGACCUUCUGCAUUCCAAGCCGAUGCUCUGCUCCAGGGUCUCAAGCAGAGGUAUUUCACAUCAUCUGCUACCUUUCGACUGGAUAUGUCAGAGUCUUCUGCAUUUGCUCAACUACAGGGUCGCAACCCUUCCCCGCUUGGUUUCCAAAGGAUGGCGGUUUCCAGCAGAGCCUCCCUGUGAACUCCCCAGGACAACUUGGCUGUCAUCUGCUGGAGAUAGGAAACUGGGUUCCAGAGACUCCGGUUGUACUUUGUCCAGGCAAUAGUUGUGUUCUUCUGUUCUAGGCUGAAAAAAGGAUGACUGCCAUAGAAAGAGCCGCAACAUCUGUGGGCCUCCAAUUUCAGACUGUACCAGAGCAAGAUGUACAGCUGGAGGGGAAGCCGAGAGGACAUGAAGACCCAGCAGGCUCCAAACCCAGGAAAGGGGCAAAAGGGGCAGGGAGAACGGGCCCUGUUUUUCAGGAAGGGAUGAUGCGGAGCCUUCCGCGCUGGGCAGCCACACAGCAAGUGAAACAGGAGCCCAGUGAGGGGAUGUCGGACAGUUGGGAUGGGCCCUGGCAGGAGUUCCUCAAGGCUGUUCAGUCCCCUCACCCAGGCUGGGGAAAUCCACACCUGCUGGCAACUGCUCCAUGGGAGGAUAACGGAAAGGCUUUUGCCAGCCCGUUUGAGGGGGUGGCUGAUACGUGGCUGUGGCCGAGAGGAGAAUGGGUGGCCCGACCUUUAGCUGGAGAACCCCAACAGACUUGCAACAGCCUGGAAAACAGAGACAAGGGAGACAAUGGGAAAUUAAAGGCUGAAGUCUCAAAAGGGGACCCCAUCAAUGCAGAGACACAACGCCGACGCUUCAGGCAAUUCUGCUACAGGGAGGCUGAGGGGCCCCGAGAGGUUUGUGGCCGGCUCCGGGAGCUCUGCCGCCAGUGGCUGGAACCCGAGAGGCACACCAAGGAGCAGAUCCUGGAGUUGGUGAUCCUGGAGCAGUUCCUGACCAUCUUGCCAGGGGAGAUCCAGAGCUGGGUCCGAGAAGGUGGGCCGGGGAAUUGUUCCCAGGCAGUAGUCCUGGCUGAGGAUUUCCUGACAAGGCAACAAGAGGCCAAAAGGUGGGAGCAGCAGGUGCCAAAGUCUGUCCAAGAAACACCCAGGAAUGCCCCCAAGGCUGAGCAGGUCCUGUUGGAUGCCGGGCAGUGGCAGCUGUAUAGGGAAGCGAAGCAGGACAGCGAUGGAGAAGCCAGUUCUCUGGCAGGUGAAGGAUGGGCUACUGAGAAUGAGGAAGAGAAGCCUCCUUCACUGAAAAAUUCAGAAAAAGCAGAACCCUCCGAGGCGUUUGGAGAGGGAGCAUUCCUGUCCCCAGAGGAGCUACAAUCUUUUGAAAAUCAACACAAAUUGGAGAAUCGGCAAGACAGCCAGUUGGGGGAGGGAGACUGCACACCGGUCCCUUGCCAGGUGGUCCGCCGGAAACAAAGCGAAACUGCCACCCAGUCACGAGUUCACAAGGACCGGCGAAAAAAGGUGUGCACAGAGUGCGGGAAAUCAUUCGGCCGGAGCUCCGACCUGCUCAAGCAUCGGAGGACCCACACUGGGGAGAAACCGUUCCAGUGCCUCCACUGUGGGAGGAGCUUCAGUGACCGCUCCAACCUCAUUGCGCACCGACGGAUCCACGCUGACCAAAAGCCAUACCAGUGCUUGGACUGUGGGAAAAGCUUUUGCCAGAACUCCUACCUCAUCCGCCACCGAAGGAUCCACACGGGGGAGAAACCGUACAAGUGCUCAUACUGUGGCAAAGGCUUCAGCGACAGCUCGAACCUGGUGGUGCACAAGAGGACCCACACCGCCAGCGACAAGCCGUACUGGUGCCCAGACUGUGGGCGGAAGUUCAGCGAACCCUCGCUCCUCAGCAGGCACCAGCGGAUGCACACGAAGGAGCGGCCGUACAAUUGCCCAGACUGUGGGAAGACCUUCCGUCAUCGUUCAGACCUCAUCCGUCAUCGGAGGACCCACACGGGGGAGAAGCCGUUCAAGUGUCUGGAUUGUGGGAAAUGCUUCAGCCAGAGAUCCCACUGCAGCACACACGAGAGGAGGCACAUGCGGCAGAAGUUGUACCAGCAGUGCUCAGAGGACAAGAAGAGCUUCGGAGCCCCCGAAAUUGGAGUCCCCGCAAAGGAGGAAGUUGCCGAGACUGGUCAAAAACUCACUGCCCAGAAAGUUGGGCACAUGUGUGUGCUCCUUCACACGGAGUGGGGUUACCUAUAGCCAAGCUGGUAAACAUCGACUUGCCUAGGGCAAGUACUGGACAGGGAAGCUUUGCGAAAGCAAGAGGGUGUUUUUAAUUUGUUUCCUUUCUCUCCACAGAUGACUAACAGAUUCUGCUCGCCAACAUGUCACUCUUAAAUUUGUUUUUCAUUUUAAACCACUAACUUUUUUAUACUUCCAAAGUGCCAAAACUAGCACUUGAUGAAGAACUCAACAUCGCGAAGACCUUUAAAAAGAAUAAAUCUCUAGUCCCCAUUGGUACAAAGAUAUGGCAGAAACUACAUGGGCAAUACCUGGUGGUGUGUUGGAAGAGAGACCUGCGGCAGGAUGCGUGGGAGGGCUUUGAAGAGCCUUUGGAAAAUUAAGGGGAUAUAACAUCCCUCCCCUCCCACCAAAAUGGAAUAAAUUAUGCCAAUCAG